CAGCGCGAGUUGAUGUCAUGGACUUUCCUGCAGUAGUGAAGCGGGCGAGAGAGCUUCACACGGACGUUUUGUCGCCUACACAGAGACUGUGUGCCCAUGAUAUGGUGGUAGACACGGUGUACGGGCGCAUAUGCUCUUCAGAGAGCCGAGACUCCCCGCCCACCCAGCUGACCAGUACUCCUGGUAGAAAGACGGCCUUCCUGUUCGGGCCUGAUGCUAUAACCUCUGUUAUCCUAAAGCUAGAGAGUUAUCAAGCUAUUAGAAGCCUCGGGUUCACAAAGGAAUACAUCAAACUUGAGUUGGUAGAGAAGAACAACCCUUACUGGCUGAUACUCUUCAAGCCCUCAAAGAAGCAGGAGGACCUCAUAUUGCCAGCCACAUGGGAUGGAGUAACACACAUUGUGAGCUCUCUCUAUCCCCAUGCCCACCACGGCCUUCUUGAGCAUCUCGAGACACUCAAAAACACACAUUUCAGGGAGUUUGAAAAACAAGCAGGUUUCGAGUUCUUGGAGUGCAGGAGAAAUGAACAGGGGACUUUCCCUGACAAGCCGCCUUACUAUAGCUACGAAUUUUACUGCAGUCUCCCGCAGCCUCGAACUGCACUGCAAGUUAGACUCUUUCUCUACUGUGAGCUGAGGCUCCUGGAGAUGUUCAGAGGUGAUGGAUAUGCCUCUACACACGACCCCGGGAGUGUGCACUGUUUGGAAUACCUCUCCCCCAACUUUCAGCUUAGUGAUUUGGGUCCAGACUUCCUGGCAGUACUGCCCAUGACACGUGUCUCUAUUCCAGACUAAUGUUUGUGUUCUGCAGAUAUGUGUUGUUUGCUGUUUGUGACAAAUCGGUCAUCUUUACUAGCUAUGCAUAAGCAGGUAUAGCUAUAAUAUAGUUCAAAAUAUAU